CCCCAAACGCUUGAGACCUUCAGUUCUAGGGUGGGGGCAGUUCGUUUUUGAGCCGGGAAUUCAUCUAAGGCAAAAUUUUCUUAACAUCCGGUGGCAUUGAACGAUUGUCGUACUGGACGUGAUCUAAGCCGGUCACCGCGAGUCCUUGAACUGUUAUCGAUGGUGGGCCGCCAAAAUGGGCGCGGUUAACUAACCGUGACGAAUCCAACACCAACCAGACCUCUCCAUCGUUGACCCCCACGACGGAGACGCUCGGAUGUGUGCGUAUCGUGUAUAACAGCCCAACGUUCCCGGGGCGUUUCUGCUCUGUCUUUCCUCCCUCCGUGCCCCCUUCCCUCUCCCCCGCAUACAUCCAACAUGGCUUCCGCCGAAAAGGGUCAGAUCGCGCAGGCUCCCUCGACUCACGAAGACGAGUUCGCCCAGGCCGAUCUCAAGCAGUUGGAACACAACGUUGAGGAUGUCAUCCCCAAGCCCGAGAACAUCCAGGGCUUGAGCGAUGCUGAUCUCAAAGCGCUGGAGAAGAAAAUGGUCCAAAAGCUCGAUCUCGUCAUCAUGCCAAUAAUGGGUAUCUUGUAUAUCCUCAAUUAUGUCGAUAGAUCAGCGCUCGCCGCUACGAAGGUAUAUGGAAUCACGGAAGAUCUGAACAUGACCCCCAACGAGUUCGCCACCGCAAUCUCUAUCCUAUUUGUCGGAUACAUCCCGAUGCAAAUUCCUUCCAACAUGGUCAUCACCAAGAUCUCCCGGCCCGGUCUUUACAUUUGCAGCGCUGCUAUCAUCUGGGGAGCCGUCAGUGCAUCCACGGCCGCGGUGCAGACCUAUCAAGGUCUUCUUGGCAUCCGAGUGCUUCUGGGCGUCACUGAGGCUGUAUUCUUCCCGGGCAUGAUCUACUUCCUCGGCGCGUGGUACACUAGCAAGGAACUCGGGAAGCGUCUAGCCGCGCUCUUCAUCUUCCAGAUGCUGGGUAGCGCGUUUGGCGGUUUCGUCGCCGCCGCUUGCUUGACCCUUGACGGGCGAUACGGGAUCGCCGGGUGGAGAUGGCUGUUCAUCGUCGAGGGUGCUGUUACCAUCGGCUGCGGCCUCAUCUUCGCGCUCAUCAUGCCGGAAUAUCCUCACAAUGCUCGCUUGCUCACACCUAUCGAAAAGUCGUACGCUACAUGGCGUCUCGAGGCGGAAGCCGGCUUAGGCGAGGCCCACGAGGAGACGAGCACUUUCGGCGGCUUGAAGCUCGCCUUCAUGGAUACCAAAAUCUGGGCCCUGGUCUGGUGUAUGGGAAUGGCCCAGGCCAUGGGUAGCAUCGUCAACUUCUUCCCAUCAAUCGUCGAGACCCUUGGUUACCCCAGGAUCGAAACGAUGCUUCUGACAGCUCCCCCAUAUGUUCUUGCCGCCAUCGUUUUCUACAUAGUUUCGUACAUCAGCGACCGGAAAGGUACUAUAUACCCGAUCAUCGUAUCUUGCUUGGCCGUCGCUGUCGUCGCAUAUGUCAUCCCCCUAGCGACGUUACGAACUGGCCCGCGGUACUUCGCCAUGAUGCUGAUGCCAUUGGUCUGCGCGGGACCGCAAAUUAUGCUGUACAAGACAAUGAACCUGCAUAUGGCGCGUCCAUACCCGAAACGCGCGGCUGGCGUUGCGAUGAUGAAUUCUAUCGGCGGGUUGUCCAAUUUCUGGGCAUCGUACCUGUACGGAGGACCACCUCACUAUUAUGCUGCGUUCGGAUGUUUGCUCGGCUGCGUCGCUGCUUUCGUCAUCACCAUCACCGGAUACCUGUUCAACGUGAGGCGACUGAACAAGCUGCUCAGCGGUACGCCCGAGGAGCGACAGCGUGCUAUGAGGAGUGGUGUGACCCAACAGCAAUUGGACCUCCAGUGGCGCUAUAUCGGCUACUAGUUGUAGCUCUUUCAUGGAUAUCUUCCGAGAUACCCAUGGUAUACGUGUCAGGGUUAAAGAACAGGCGACAGAUUUGCCUCAAUAAUCAUAGCCGAGAAUGCCCUCAUCUGUCAUGUACUAUACCUUGAACUUGUUGAUAUUGAUUACAUGAUCAAAGGCCAACCUUUGGGACCUUCCGGGUGUCCCCCUAGUCCUUGGGUGUGUCUUAUAUGAUGAUUUAUCCACGAGCUCCUCCAUCCCCUAUUCGGGUAAUCCUCGAUAUAUAAAGAGCCGCCCAAAGAUCUAUGAAUGUGUCAAGAAAUUCUUUUUUAAAAAAGCGCUUUUGGUGGUAUAGUAACUGAGAAACAUUUCC